GCUGCCGCUGCGUCUGUCGCUGCGCGCGGGCGGGCUGCUGCGUGUGCGCGGCUCGCUGCGCGUCAACGCCAGCCGCGAGGAGGGCGUGCGCGCGGCGGCCGAGCUGGCUCCCAGCGCGUCGCUGGGCGCCGACGCCGCCAUGACGCUGGGCACGCGACGCACGGCGCGCGUGGGCGUGCGCGUGCGCCAGACGGCGCGCGCCGUGCACUUCGCCGGCGCCGACGCGCACGUGCUGCCCGGCCGCCGGGUGCAUCUGGCGCUGCGAGCCCCGACCUCCCGCCUGCAGCUGCUCGAGGCGCGCUCCGACCUGCUCUUCGUGCAGGGCGAGCGCGAGGAGGCGGCGCCGCUGCAGGUGCAGCAGCGGAGCCUGGGCGCGUGCUCGGGCGCGACGCUGGAGCGUGCGCUGGGCGUGCGCGCCUGCGCCAACGCCACCUUCACGCGCGGCGCGCUCUACAGCAACGCGCCGCCGCCGCUAUUCCCGCUGAGCGGGCCCGCGUCGCUGCGCAUCGCCCUCGACAAGACCGACUCCUUCGACCGCUACGAGCUGCAAUACGACAUGGACGCCGACGACAACGGCGUGCGCGGACUCAAGGUAACCGUCGCGUGGCCGCAAGCAGCUAGAGCCCG